GAGGCCUGGAGGUUGGAGGAGUGUGCUCGUGCCCCGGCAUUGCCGCACCGAACCUUCGAGCCAUGCAUGGACUACAACCCGGGCGGCGCCUCCCCCGACACCUACGGCGGCGGCGGAAGUAUCCACCUGGUGUGCCCAGGCUGCAAAAUCGGCGACGACUACACAGCCGACGACGCGGAGGAUGGCUUCUUCACGUGCCGCAUGUGCUCUGCCGUCCACACCACGCAGGCAACCGUCGCCGACCCCCACGACUUCCAAGCCACCGGCAACAUCUCCGUCCGCCGCGUCGACACCCAGCCCGGCCGCAAGCUCGGCAUCCCCACCCCCUCCGCCUACCCGAGGACCCCUCACGCCACGCCAGGCUCCCGCCACGCGCCCGCCGCCGCGUUCGACGACUUCGUGAAGCAGAGCGAGCCGCGGGACUUCGCGCCCGUCGCCGGGGCGUGGAGGGAGCCCGAGGAUUUGGCGGCGCGGGUGCGCUGGCGCUACGUGAGGGGGCUCCAGGUCAUCCUGCAGCUGCAGCUGGAGGCGCUGGUGCAGCGGCACCGGGUCGGCGCGCUCGUGUGUGGCGUCGCCGGCACCAUCUGGGUGCGGUGGGUCGCUGCAUCCAAGGUGUUCGACGAUAUGUGGGCGCGCCAGGUGAUCGCGGAACACGAUGCCGCGGGGAGAGAGAAGCGUUCUGGUGGUGGAGAUAACAAUAAUAAACCUGACGAGGUGAAGUCUGAAUGGGAGGAUGAUAUCUUUCCACGACAAAAAGACAGGCGAAGGGUUGAGUUUGCCAUUCUGCGCUCACUGAGGAUGUUGCUGCCCGUUUACUCAACACUAGCAGUCUGUUUCCUGGCCUGUCAUAUUGCCCGUGAAGCCAUCCUACCUACUGACAUUUACAAGUGGGCAAUGGAAGGGAAGAUCCCUUAUCUGGCAGUGUUUACUGAAGUAGACAGGCUCCUUGGGAGCUCGCGGCAACUGCAUGACUGCCCUUUGGAUGCAGGGCAACUGUUCAGGCCGGUGCGAGUUAUUGGAGCAUGGCAAUUGGAAGCUUCGGCUGGAUCCAUAGCACAAAGAGUAGGCUUGAGGCUUCCUUCAGUUAACUUCUAUGCAAUUUCUCAACGUUGCUUGAAGGACUUGUCUCUGCCUGUAGAUAAAAUCCUUCCUCAAGCAUGCCGAAUUUAUGAGUGGGCAACGCCUGCAGAACUAUGGUUGUCCAGUAAUCCUGCUAGAGUCCCUACACGGGUUUAUGUGAUGGCUAUACUAGUAGUGACUCUACGAGUUCUGUAUAACAUCAACAGUCAAGGGAUAUGGGAGAAGAUUUGUGAGGAAGGAAGAAACACAGGUAGAUCUGAUCCUGAUGCAAAUGCACCGACUUUCAAGAAACUUGAUGACAGUAACAGUGAGGAGUUUGGCAUGAGAGAACUAUUAUGUGCUAUUGCAGAUGCCUAUGAAAAAAUCAUUGUUUCACAUGGUCUUGGUCCUCCUUCCUGCUUGGAAGUGAAAAAGCUAAUGUUUGCUAAAACGAAGACUAGCACAUGUGGUUACCGUACAUCAUUCUGUGUCUCAAAUCUUCACAAACAAAGCACAAGUUUCUUACACUACGUGAUUGUCACUCCUGACUACUUGAGUGACCUCCAAUCUUAUCUCAAAUACUGCAAGGAAGUUAUUUUUACUGGGAUUACAGUUUCAACGGAAAAGGAGCAUCUAAUAGAGAUCUUUUCAGAUAUGUACAAAGCCAGAGAGGAUGACAAUCCAAAAGAGCAUGUAAAAUCCCAGUCUCAAGGUACUGAAGAAACUACAAUUACAAAAGGAGUGAACAAGCGCUACCGAGAUGGAACAUUUGUUGAAGCAAGUUGUACUUCCUCAUCUUCAGGUCAUGACCCAAUGCAAAUCCUCGUGUCAGAGAUGCAAGAUCAUGGAUUUCAUUAUAUGCCACCUAGGAAACCGAGGAAAUCAGAUGGUUAUCUUCGUUAUAGGAGGAGGAGACUAAGUGUUGGCUUUAUGUAUGUUGCGCAUGCUGAUUACUACAUGUUGCUGCGUGCUUUUGCAAAGCUUGCAGAAAUUGAUGCUCGUAUCAUGCAUAUCAGUGUGUUGAAACUUGAGAGGGGUCUCGCAUGUAUUGAGGAUCGAAUUGAAAGAAGCUUGAACACCUUACAGAACCUUUCUAGCAGAACGAGAGAUGAGCUAAGGUCCGUAUCAGACUGAAGUUUUUAAUGGAGUGUCAUACACUGCCAACGUAUUAAGUUUUUACAUUUUCUUUUGAAAAGCAGAAUUUCCCAAGCACUACUGCAUUUUAUAUAAAAACAUUUAGUAUCA